AGCAUCUUCCUGUUCCAGUGUCCCAUAGCCAUAGCUUUUACAAUGUAGCCGAUUCAGUAUUCACUCAUUACUGUUCCUUCUCUAACUCUCUCUCAAAUUCUCUCUUCAUCUGCAAAACCCUUUCCAAAGAAACCUCUAGAAAAUUCCUCAUUUUUCAUAGAAAUUCCCCACUUCUUGUUCUUGUCCCCGAUUCCCAUUCUAUCAUUUUCGCAUCUCCUGGCCCUCAAGGUUUUUAGUUUGGAGCUGGGUUUUUGCUAUUUCUUUUGGAUUCUGUGACGUCUGUAUUUCAAUAGAAAGAUGUCAAUUUUUCCCAAAAGCGAUUCUGUUAUUAUCCGAGAAGUAUGGAACGAUAAUCUUGAAAAGGAGUUUGAAUUAAUUCGUGAUGUCGUUGAUGAUUUUCCUUACAUUGCUAUGGACACUGAGUUCCCUGGUAUUGUUCUGCGUCCGAUAGGAACUUUCAAGAAUGUUUUUGACUAUAACUAUCAGACACUUAAGGCAAAUGUUGAUCUCUUGAAGCUAAUUCAAAUGGGUCUCACAUUCUCCGAUGAGAACGGCAACCAACCUACCUGUGGAACAGAUAAGCACUGUGUAUGGCAGUUCAAUUUCUGCGAGUUUAAUCCCAAUGAAGAUGUCUAUGCUAAUGAUUCUAUUGAACUCUUAUCUCAAAGUGGCAUUGAUUUCAUAAAGAACUUUGAAAUGGGUGUUGAUGCCAAUAGGUUUAGUGAGCUGCUAAUGUCUUCAGGGAUUGUUUUGAAUGAUAGUGUUCAUUGGGUUACAUUUCACAGUGGGUAUGAUUUUGGGUACUUGUUAAAGCUGCUUACUUGCAAGAAUCUACCAGAUACUCAAGUGGAAUUCUUUAAGCUCAUCAAGUUGUAUUUUCCAGUGCUUUAUGAUAUUAAGCAUUUGAUGAAGUUCUGCAAUAGCCUUCAUGGUGGAUUGAACAAGCUGGCAGAGUUGUUGGAAGUGGAGAGGAUUGGCAUUUGUCACCAGGCGGGUUCAGAUAGUUUGCUUACUUCUUGUACAUUCAUGAAACUGAAAGAAAAUUUCUUCAAUGGCUCACCUGAGAAAUAUGCUGGUGUUUUGUAUGGUCUUGGUGUUGAAAAUGGACAGAAUGCCUAUUAAAAGAAAAGGGGAGAAAUGAAAUAAAAAUUAUAUAAAAAAAAAAGGUUUUUCUUA